GCAUCUGGACCACACCAACUUUUCCAGAGCUCAGUAUUUACGAAAGAACAAAUAUAGUACCAAAGUGCGUUUCAAAAAGUUUAUGCCUUAUAAAAUAGCAUUUUACCAUUGUAGUUUAUAGAAAAACAUUUCUUCGUUAAAUUUUUUAUGGUAAAACGGUGUUAGAUUUGUCAAAGAACUAAAACAAAGUAGUGAAUAGUAGUUUAAAUAAUAAUCUUUUUAAGAAUAUAAGUCUCAUUCCAAUAUAAAAAUGCGUUUAAAAGUGAUGAUCCGUAUUAGGCCAAUGUCUCAAAGGGAAAGAAGCUCAGGAAGUCAAGAAGUAGUGACAGUCGAAAACAAAAACAGCGUAGCAGUAACAAAUAUAAAGGUUCCAGAACAAAAUUCAGGUGACAGUAGAGAAAGAGUUAGAAGAUUUGCAUUUGACUAUUGUUUUCCAGAAGACACCACUCAAGACCAGGUUUUUGAAACUAUUGAAUCUGUUAUUGGCAAAUCACUAAGAAGUCGACACCACUCUUGCGUACUGGCUUAUGGUCAAACGUCAUCUGGCAAAACACAUACCAUGAUGGGACUUCCCCAAGACCCCGGCCUAACACCGAGACUAUGCAGGAAGAUAUUCAAAUAUUUCGAAGAUGGAGCUUUGAACAAUGCGGCGGACAAAUUGAAAGUUACAGUUAGUUAUCUGGAGAUAUACAACGAAAGGGUGUCAGAUUUGCUUCCAAAGGACGCCUCAGAUCAAGAUAGGACAAAGUCAUUAAAGGUCAGAGAACAUCCAAAAAAAGGACCUUAUGUUGAAGGUCUAACAGAACACCCAGUAUCUACAAGCGACGACAUCCUCCAGCGUUUGGAGCAAGGAAGCUCAAGGCGCAAAGUAGGUUCCACAGCCACGAACCCGAGGUCCAGCAGGAGCCACUCGGUGUUUUCCGUGAGCUGCGAGGGGGUUAAGUUGCAUCUGGUAGAUUUGGCGGGCAACGAGAGGGCGGGAAGUAGAGGUUACGGCCCCAGCAGGUUCAGAGAGGGUGCAAACAUCAACAAGAGUUUGGUAGCGUUGGGAAAUGUUAUAUCGACCCUAGCUGAGCAAUCUAGAUCAUCUUCCAGGAGUUCUAGGAACAAGUUUGUACCCUACAGAGACUCCAUUUUGACAUGGCUUCUGAAGGACACGCUCCAAGGAAAUUCAAACACUGUGAUGGUAGCAACAAUAUCACCGUCUAGCGCGUGCUACAGCGAGACUGUGAACACUCUACGUUUCGGACAAAGAGCUAAACGCAUUAUCUAUCAACCAGUCAUCGUGGAAGACCCCAAAGAGAUUACUAUCAGAGAAUUAAGGGCGGAGAUUGCCAAACUCAGGGACUUGUUAACCCUAUCCCACCAGAUUGUCCCCAAUCCUGCCUGGCCUAAUCAAAUGGAUGUCAAUUCUGGGCAUCAGCAUCUUCCUUUUGAGGAAAUCCCUGAUCCACAAGAUGACAACACUAAAGAAAACGUAUCAAGAAACUCUGAAUCAUCAACAAGCAGCUUACCUGAAGCGUUACAUGAUGAUGGAAGAGAAACAGAAGUUAGCGAAUCCAGUACAACACCAAUUCCUCAACAAAUAACUACAGACAGACUUUUACCUAUCAUAGACGUCCAGAGUUCUGUUUCUUUGGACAAAUUUGGACAGUUAAAGCGAACUUACAGCAUGGAUCGAACCUACAGCAUUGAGACUGAUACUUCAAAUAGAUCUUACAGUUCUCAAGAAUCUCUACAAUCGCCCAAGCAUACAUCUGACACCAAAACCCAAACUAACUCACAGGUAGACAGAAGACAUUCCGGUAGUACUUCUGGGGUUCAGAUCAAGCAAACUGCUUUGUCUUUGAGACGACAGGCUAUCAAUAAAAGUACUCACACUUCACCACUCUUAAAAACGAUAACACAAAAGAAAAUUCUAGGAAAUUUCAGGAAAAGGCCAGAGAAGGGCGUUAUUACGGAUGAGUCAGGUUUAAAGAAACCCGAAACCAAGCCCGAGACGACGAAGAAGAAACCUCCUUACACUAGACAACGAUCACAGAUUGUUGCAGCUGUUACCAGUCGAUUGUAUAGUAAGGUAAACAAAAAGGAUAUGGCAACAUCAACUGAAAAUCUCAGCACAACCCCAAAAGAGCUAAAAAUAUGCACAAACGCUAGAUCCAGACUGAUAGAACUCACUCAAAAGGCUCUGAGGGCUCACAGAAGAAAAAACGAAGAAACUCAGACUGAUCUGUUUCCAAUGUUGCGGGUUAAAGAAGUUUCAACUGACUGUAACGAUUUGGAACAAGAAACUAAGAAAGAUGCUGAAGUGGAAUGUACUUUACUGAGCCAGUUUAUCAGUGGAACUUUCCAAAAUGUGUUGUUCUUAACUCGAAGUUGUGGCGUGCAAACGUCAGAAGAAAAACCAGGAGCAUUUUCAUUUACUAAGUAUUUAACAGAGAACAAAAACAGCCCUAUAUUUACUGAAUCUGUUAAUAUCAACAUUUCACAUAACUACAUUAAUGGAAACACAGUUGACAGCAUGUCAGAUGAUAGUUUAGAUAAUUCUUUGCGCAACAAUGUUUCAUUUCCCACACCGGAUCUGAUAAGCAAUCAUAAUUCUUUGGAACAACACGCAAAAGAGAAGGAACAUCAGAUAUUGUAUGGAAAAGCUGGUGAAACGGACGAUAAAUACGAAAAAGUUACUUGUUUCCCUGUAGAAAAAGUUUGUGCAGGCAAUGUAAAUGUCCUCACUGUUCCUCCGUUCCGAAAAAGGUUUCAAAAAUGCGACGUAAUUUCUACUAGAGCAUCACAGACUUUUGUAAGUGAUAUUUUCGUUGAAAAAUGUAAGCAUUUUCCAGAUUUUCGUCCACAGAAAUUCCACGCUAAUGUUAGUCAGUGCCCUGACACCAAGUAUCGCGAUAAACGAUACGUAAUGGUAAACAAACACAAUGUUUUCAAUCAUAUUCCAUGUAAACACGACUACAGCAGUAACGAAUCCAGUCUCACUGAUGAUAACUGCCUAUCAGAUGUUCCAGAUUCCAUAGAUUAUCACAGAACAAAUACUAAAAAGGUCCAGUUUGCCAGAAAUCAUACGCAACAUAAAAAGGAUUGCAUGAUUAAAGCUAUGAAAGAAUUCUUGGAAGAGGCCAAGAACUUGAUGAGUAAUAUUUCUCAGGCUAGUUCAAACACUGUCCCAGCUUGUCAGCAUCCGCAUUUAGAUGAUUUUGAUAUCCAGGUAACGGUGAAUGAAUUGUCUGGUAUCGAAAAAUCGAAAAAAAGACGAAAAAGAAGUUCUGCAUGUAGAGAAACCAGCGCUACACAAACGGAACUACCUUCAAUGGAGAGUUGUUUCUCUCAAACAUCGCAUCUUAUUCCAGAGUUCACGAUACCCGUUAAUAAAUAUGAAACUCUUUUAGAAGAUUCUUGUAGAAGACUGGAAGACAAAAUAUCCAAGAUACCCAGGUCGCGAAAUAUCAGUUCGGUUUCGGAAGAAGACUGCGAUGAAGAUGUAUAUUUUGAUAGACCAAAAUACAACCCGUGGGACUUGAGUAACGUAGAUGUCGAAGACUCCAGCCUUGAAAGCAACCCAGUCACUUUUUCUGACUAUGGCAGUUUGCCUAGGAAAACGCAUAAGAGACAGAGAACUCCUACGUGCAGUCCUAGCGCUUUUUUAAAGCAAUUGAGUAGCAUGAGGCGACAGAUAAUCGAAAGUUCUCGAGAAGAUUUACUUCAGAGUUGUUCAAAAUAAUAUUUAAUUUAUAUUAAAUAUCAAAGUUUGUAAAGAAAUUCCUUCUAAACUAAGUCUUUUAAACUUCAUUAAUAAAUUGCUCAGUACAGCAAAAAAAUAAAAUAACUUAAUAAUAAGUACAGUAAUUCUAAAGGAUAUAAUGUCCAAAAGGCGUAUUUUUUAAUAAUCAUUUAUACCGUAUGAUCGAAAAAAAAUGGCGUCAGCGAAGGCUAUGAAAUGAAGAUCGCUUUCGUAAAUUUAUAUGGGAUAAGUCACCGAUCGUCAUUUUCCAGCAAACUGGACGUCGUUUUUUUCGAUCAUUCGGGAUUAAUUACACGUGUUCUGUGUUUACUCAGCAUUAGAAAAUCAGCAAAGUUUUAUUAGUUAAUGAGUGAUAUUUUUAUAAUACAUCUAAUAAAUACCUAUUGCAAUCGCAAAACAUUUUCCGAUGCACGUCAUCAAUCAUAUCGACAUUGACAUAUAAUAUUGAAAGUCUAUAAAUCUGACUAAAUAAAAUUUUGGCAAAAAUAUUUAAUUUUUUGUAUAAUUUAAGAUACCGAGCAGCUCUUCAAUUU